AUGCGCGACUUGGCCCUGGUGUUGCGAUCGGUGGUAGAGUGUAGACUCGCGUCUCGUGGUCAAGCCCCGCCAGGACGGGUUGGCAGCGAAUCUCCACUUCUUCAAACACUCUGGCAGGUCCAGAGUGCCGUCCGUGAUGUGAUGGGUCGCGGUCUCGACGCCGUGUCUUCCGUCGCACCGAAGAACGUGCGAUCGGUGAGAAAUGUGUGGAGCAAGGCGACUAUUCGGUGGGGCAGUGGAGAUAUCAACUAUAUACCAUCGAUGAUGGCGUUCGGAGGCACUGCAGCUGCAGGCAUCGUGUAUGCCACUGACUGGAAAGUGAUUUGUGCUUAUAUUCCAUUCUACAACACUAAGUUCACCAAGGAGGAACUAGAAGGCCCGGCGGAGUGA